AGAGUCUGAAAGAUAGGUAUGUAUGUAUAUAUAUGUAAAUUAAAUCCGAAAAAAUAAAAAUAAAAAUAAAAAUGGCUUGGUCGUCAUCAAAUUGCUCUCUCCUUCUUGUAAAUCUGUGUUGCUUCUUCUUCUUCUUCUUCAGUUUAAUCUUCACAACUUCAUCGGCUUUUAACCUUUCCACUAUCUCUUUCGACGACGGUUACUCUCAUCUCUUCGGCGAAGGCAAUCUCGUUCGCUCUCCUGAUGGCCGAAACGUUCGUCUCAUCCUCAAUCGUGCCUCCGGCGCUGGUUUCAUUUCAUCAAAACUGUAUAAUCAUGGAUUCUUCAGCGCCAUGAUCAAGUUGCCUUCGUAUUACACGGCCGGUAUUUGUGUAGCCUUCUAUACGUCAAAUGCCGAUGUGUUUGACAAAACGCACGACGAAUUAGACUUUGAAUUCUUGGGUAACGUUGCUGGGAAGCCAUGGAGAUUUCAAACUAAUUUUUACGGUAACGGUAGCACUCACCGUGGCAGAGAAGAAAGAUACCGGCUCUGGUUUGAUCCCAGCAAAGAGUAUCAUCGUUAUAGCAUUCUUUGGACAGCCAAUAAUAUUAUAUUUUAUGUCGACGACGUUCCGAUAAGGGAAGUUGUUCGGAGUCCAGCGAUGGGCGGUGAGUUCCCAUCGAAGCCGAUGUCUCUGUAUGCCACAAUUUGGGACGCCUCAAGUUGGGCAACUUCCGGUGGAAGAUACAAAGUAAACUACAAAUAUGGUCCGUUUACUGCAGAGUUUAAAGAACUGGUUCUAGAAGGUUGUCCGGUUGACCCGAUUGAAGAAUUCCCUUUCAAAGAUUGUAGUAAGACGGACACUCAGCUGGCCGCCAAAGAGUACGCUGCCAUCUCGCCAAAAAGCCGACGGACCAUGCGGUGGUUUCGGGAAAAAUAUAUGUACUAUUCGUAUUGCUAUGAUACGUUAAGGUAUCCUACAAUGUUACCGGAAUGUGUGAUUGUUCCUUCAGAACGACAACGUUUUAAUUAUACCGGGAGAUUGAUGUUUGGAGGAAGUCAUAAGAGUCGAAAACAUAAACGCAGUCGUCGCUCGGAAUUCGCCAUGGUUAUGAGCACCACCAAGAAUCCGGAUGUGUAAUUUUUGUAUUUAUAAAUUAAUUAAAUUAUGUUAUGGUUUUAAUUUAUUUUUUUAAUUAGAAGAAGCCGGUGUAGUUUGCUUGCUCUUGGUUGUAUUUGAAAGGUAGAAAAAUAAAUAUAGAGAAGGAAUGGUCAAGUUUGGUUGGA